AUGUAUCGAGCUGCCAUGAUGCAAUCAUUUGAAGUUCAAUAUCCAUCCCAUUUGAGCUGGAGAUGGCUAGUGCCACUCCUCGUUCUCCCUGUCUACAUUUUGGUGCGGUCAAUAUAUCUGCUCAAAUUCCAUCCCUUGUCCAAAUAUCCCGGCCCGACCAUGUGGGCCAUUACUCGAGCACCGUGGGCAUACCAUGUCAUGAGGGGAGAUCUCUGGCUCGCGCUGGACCGGUUCCAUGACCGAUAUGGCCCCGUGGUGCGUAUAGCGCCCGAUGAGCUUACCUACAUCUCCCCGGGUGUCUGGCCAGAAAUCUACAACGCCCGACCACAGUUGAACAAAGACCCGCACAGCCUGACACCUCCCUUGAACGGGGCCGACUCCCUCUUCACGGCUAUGGGCGAAGACCAUCGACGCAUUCGCGCAGCCUUCGUGAAUGCUUUCUCUGACAAGGCUCUUCGGGGGCAGGCGGUAAUCAUCGAAGAUCACGCGAGCCAAUUCAUAGCCCGGCUCGCUACCGAGGCUCGAGCUGGAAGUCCGGUUGACAUUCAGCGGCUGGUCGGAUACGCCACCUUCGAUAUCAUCUCAGAGUUAACAUGGGGAGAAGCGCCGCGGGCGUUGCAAAGCAGCGAGGGGGGUCCGGAUUGGAUCCAGCGGUUCUUUCUUCAUGCCCAGUUCAGCACCGUCCGCAACUGUCUGACUCGCCUCUCCCCGCUGGACAAGAUUCUGUGGUAUUUCUUUCUUCGGAUCACCUCGCAGCAGCGCAUCCAGAACACCCGCCUCAGUACGGAACGCAUUGAGCGUCGUCUGUCGACGCCCUCGACACGGUCUGACUUCAUGACUCCUCUGGUUAACAAAAUCACAGAACACGGGGAUGGAAAAGGUAUCACCAAAAGCGAGGUUCUCACCAACGGACUCGCGGUCGUUAUCGCCAACUCCCAACUAUCCACCAUUGCAAUCACCACCGCCAUUUACCUUUUACUGCGACACCCCAUCCAGUACGGGCGACUUCUGGCCGAGAUUCGCGCGGCGCCGUUUGACUCGGCAGCCGCUAUUGACGUGUCUGCCACCGCAUCCCUGCCGUACCUGCGGGCUGUGCUUGACGAAGCCCUGCGCCUCCAUCAUCCCACCCCGGGCAGCAUGCCGCGUGUCGUGGGCCACGGAGGGCUGGUGGUGAACGGCGAGUUCGUCCCCGCGGGCACAGUGGUCGGAGUGAGCUUGUGGAACAUCCAGACACGCCCGGAGAACUUUCACCUACCGCGAGAAUUCCAUCCGGAGCGAUUCUUGCCUCCGACAGACCCUCGUUAUGACCCGGCGUUCAAUCGCGACUGCCUCAACGCCUAUCAGCCGUUCUCCCUCGGGCCCAGAAAGUGCAUUGGAUACAAAGUCUUUCUUGCGGAGGCCCGCGUUUUGCUCACUCGUUUGCUUUGGACCUUUGAGCUACAGCUGGAGGAUGCGCAUCCGACGACCUGGCUGAAGCAGCGUGCGUGGUUAGUCUUCGAGCCCAAGCCGCUGAAGGUUCAUAUCCGCAACCGACAGCCGCUGGCGGCAUCGUAGGACCUCCAUCGAUCUCUCUGGGUGGGACUUCUGAUGAACUUUCCGGACGGC